UAUAAGACCGAAAGAAUAUUAUAGCAAAUUAUACAAACAAUUACUAACAUUAGAAUUUGAUAAUAUUUGUAUACUAGGAGACUUUAAUGGAGUAGUAGACCCCAAAAAAAACUAUAAAACAGGAACAAAAAAGAAUCACGAUAGGAAAACUCUACCAACGGUAUUUUUUGCUAUGAUCCAAGAAUUAAAUUUGAAAGAUACCUGGAUACUCCUGAACCACUGUCGACGACAAGCCGGCCGAUGGCAAGUUGAAGUCACCCAUGACCAAGAGUCUGGGGAUCUCCACCGCCACCCCGGCUAGCACCUCCAGCAGCUCAGGCAGGGCUGUAGUCACGUAGCAAGGAGCCAGGUACACGAUCAACAGACCCAUCUGAUUCUUAUGGCCCCACUUCACAAGAAGGGAUUCGCAGCCGGCUAUCUGAGGAACAGUGGUCUCUCUCGGCUCCAGACCCUCUUUCAUAACACCGCCACCCCUCCACCCCUACCCUGGGCCCUCGGUUGAUGGAAUGCUCGGAAACCUGGAGGGCACAGUUCAACUAGGGGCACACCCCCUUCUGCGCCCAACCAGGUCUCCGUAAUGCCCAUAAAGUCCGUGGAUUCCCCCUGAAUAAGGUCACAAAUCAGGGGGGCUUUAUUAGCCACGGACCGGGCAUUACAUAACAUCAACUGGAGGCCCGGGCUCUGAGGAUCCUGACCUACCGGGGAACGGGAAAAGACUGGGGGGCCGGAGCACGUGAUUGCUUUUAAACAGCGAGCACAAGCUCCCAGAAAGCGAUACAGCCCCUUGCUUCUGCCAUAUCUGCCCCUCCCACUUACCGUACAGAUGGAGCCAACUUCCACCUCUGGAACGUACCCCUCAUCCCCCUCCCUCGGACCUAAUGGAUAAACGCUGGGAACAAUUUCCGGGACUAGACCUGCCCUCCCUGACGGGUUCUUCCCCCCACCCGACACUACCCUCCCCCCCUCCAACCCAAACCCGUCAGUUCCCGCCCUCCCCUUAAAAUUCCCAUUAAAAUUCCCCUUAAAAAGCCGAUUAAAAUAAUUAAUUAAAAAUCCCCUGAGUCUCCUAUUUUUGGCAUGCCAUCUCUCGGGGUUCCAAAACCCGUCCUCAAGAUGGGCCCUCGAUAAUGUGGGGGGCCAGCCCCACGAGAGAGGGGAAUCUCGCAGGGCAAGAAGGUCAGCCGCUGUAAAUGUCCGCAUGAUAAGAGUCCGGCAAACAGACCCAUCCUGGACCUGUCAAGAUGAAAAUUGAUGCACCAGUAAUUCCGAGUGAAAGACAGACGGGAUAUAGGUCUUAGGCGGUAGAUAAACAAACCGCCAUGAUUCAGUCAGAGCUCCAACCCCUCCUCUCCAAUCCCGAGGGGUGGUCUAUGGACGAGGGGGGGGAGAAGGAUGUAGUCCUACAAUAGUCAAGCUAGGAUUGUCCAGGACCAUCCUCAAUUCCCCCAACUGGGGACCAAAGGUCUUCAGAAGAUCCCCUUGCAGCCAGCCCAUGGGCGUCCUCCAAGAUGGUAAAAAGGUGCCCACAUGGCCCGUGAUCGUCCUUCGAGUUGACAAAGAGGCCGAAGCACGCGCCUAAUGGGCCAAGCUGCUCCACUGACGAGGCAUCUCUCUCCCAAAGUCCGGGGGGGGCAAAGGACUCAAAAAGCCCCCAUAGACGGCCCAUAGACGUCCUCUAGAUGGUAGGGAGGGCGUCCCCUAGACCCGUGGACAACCUUCAGGGUGGCAAAGAAGGCGACCAUUGGACCUCUUCGUGGCCACUAAGCCAGGCCGCCAGCUGGAAUAGGCUACUCACCCGCCGGGUUUGCUGGGUCAUGCCACCGGCCCCAACUACUGGGCCAGUUCGCCGGACCCAGUCGACCACCAACAGGCUAGGCCAUGGCCAGGCCGGUCCAACCAGGCCGCCGCCACCGCCGACGACACUACCGCUGCGGGGGGAGAGAGCCCCCAGGCUCCUCCCGGAGCAACGCCAGGCCAGGCCGCCGCCGCCACCGAAGAACUCGGCCGCCGCCGCCGCCGCUGCUGGAAAAGGCCAGGCUGCCCACACCACCGGCACCGCAGACAGAGGGGACAAACGGGAGAAAGGCUCUAAGGCCCCUCCCGAAGCAGAGCCAAGCCAGGCCGCUGACCACUGCCGCCGGAAAACCGCCGACAAACACCGGCCGCCACCGCCGCCGACACUGGAAAAAGCCGGGCCGCUGCCGCCCAGCCGGGCCGCUGCCGCCCAGCCAGGCCGCUGCCGCCCAGCCGGGCCGCUGCCGCCCAGCCGGGCCGCUGCCGCCCAGCCGGGCCGCUGCCGCCCAGCCGGGCCGCUGCCGCCCAGCCGGGCCGCUGCCGCCCAGCCGGGCCGCUGCCGCUGCUGGAAAAGGACGGGCCGCUGGAAAAGGCCGGGCUGCUGCCGCCGCUGCCGCCGCCACCGUUGUCGGCCACACCGCCGCCGGAGGGAGAGCGCUCCGGGACUCCUCCUGAGGGAACCCGGAGACGGCCCGCCUCAAUUCGCCCAUCCUCUGACUCACCGCGCUGUCUUCCACCCGGGCGGGGGGUCCAAGCUGUCAAAAAGACCCCCCCCCGCCCAGUCCGGCCCAAAAUAGGCCCGUCGCCGCAUCAGCUGUUCAGCGGUGUGGCGGCCAUCUUGGGCCAUAGCCUAUCAACUAUGGAAGCAAUAUUACACCCAAAUACCAUGGAUUUGAGCAAAAUGAUAAGAUAUAUAGAGCUACUCAAUGAAAAAGGGGAAUUAAAAUCAAUUCAAGAUUUGAAACAACAAGGAUUAAACAUGGAAUGGUGGCCAUAUAUACAAAUAAAAACCAGAUUCAAGAAAGAUAAGGAACAAUAUGGCAUACAUAGAGAACAAUUGGAUAUAGACAAAAUUCUAUUAGGAUCCAGGGGGGGGGGAAAUGAUCACAAAAAUUUACAAUUUCCUCUUAAAAUACAAAAUGGAAGAUGAAACAGUAAAAGAAACGAAGACCUGUUGGGCAUUAUUUCAGGCAUAAUAUAGAAUUAGAAAAGUGGGACAAAUUGUGGGAUAGAAAUUAUAAAUUAACAAUGGCAGUAGCCUAUAAAGAAAAUCUGUAUAACUUCCCAGAGCAAAAUACAGGGUAUUACUUCUAACAAUCAUAAGCUACAAAUACACUAAUAAACCAUAAACUCUCAUCUUCCCUUUGAAACCUUAACUCCCCGUUCACAUAUAGACAAAUAAACUAAUACAGUACGGUUCCUACAAUCAUUCAUAAGUUAUUUGAUACUUUUUAGUCUGAUAUUUGUUUUGAAUAUAAUCAAUCCAAUUUCUCCAUUCCGAUAUACCGUAUAUACUCGAGUAUAAGCCGAGUUUUUCAGCACGUUUUUUGUGCUGAAAAACGUCCCCUCGGCUUAUACUCGAGUAUAUACGGCUUAUACUCGAGUUUUUUUUUUCUUCUUUUUUUCACAUUAUACCGGAUGGCGCAAACUUGGCGGGCUUUUGCAUUAGCGCGGGGAAGCCCUGCCGGUGCAGUGAGAGGGCGGGGCGGGGGAGCCGCCAACCUUCUCGGCUGAGGGAGGGAGGGUUUCCCCGAUCGGUAGCUGCCUCAUUUCCCACCCUCGCCUUAUACUCGAGUCCCCAGUUUACCCCAGUUUUUUGGGGUAAAAUUGGGGACCUCGGCUUAUACUCGGAUCGGCUUAUAUUCGAGUAUAUACGGUAUAUCUUUCUUGUGAAUAGUAUUUCAAAUACGCUGAAAUUUUUGCCAUUUCUGCUAAGUUCGAUAUUUUAAGUGUCUUCAAUUGUAGGCAAAUCUUCCUUCUUCCAAUAUUGUGCAACCAAUAAUCUCGCUGCUGAUAUUAAAUUUAAAAUCAAUUUAGUCUCUAUUACUGUGCAGUCCGUAAUUAUACCCAAUAAAACAACUGUGGAGUAAACUUUAUCUUCUUUUUCAAUAUAUUCUGCAUAAUCCACCAAAUUUUUAUCAAAAUGUUUUGAUUUUUUUACAAGUCCACCAUAUAUGAUAAUAAGUAGCAUCAUCACAAUCACAUCUCCAACAUUUAGCUUGCAUAUUCGGAUACAUACAUGCCAGUUUUUUAGGAUCUGAAUGCCAUCUAUAAAACAUUUUAUAAAAGUUUUCUCUUAAACUUUGUGCUUGUGUAAAUUUAACAUUUCUAACCCAAUUUUUUCCCCACAUUUCCAUCAUUAUAAGUUGCUGGAUAUUUUGUGCCCAUUUUAUCAUACAAUCCUUGACUAAUUCCAUUUCUGAGUCUAUUUCUAUCAGUACAUUAUAUAACCUCUUGAUAUGCAAUUGACCUUGAUCUCUAAUUUGUUUUACCAAAUUCUCCUCAUUUUGCAUGAUACCAAUUUUCUGGUCUACUCUCCAUCUGGCUUGCAGAUGUCCGUACUGAAACCAAGUAUAAUUUAUCCCUUCUUCUCUCAUUAUAUUUAAAGAUUUCAAUUGUAGUUUACCCUUUUCUACGAAAAGAAGCUCUUUAUAAGUAACCACCUCUUGUUUCUGUUCUAUAUUUAUAUUCUCUAUCGUAUUGCCCAUAUAGGUAUUUUAUAGUCUAACUUACAUUGGUACUUCUUCCAAACCCUCAACAAAGCAUUUCUAAGUAUAUGGCUUUUAAAAGUCUUGUCCACUUUCUUAUCAUAUAAUAAAUAAGCAUGCCAUCCAUAUAACAAAUCAUAACCUUCUAUAUUCAAUAUUCUUUCCUCUGUUAAAUUAAACCAAUCACUUAUCGAUGACAAAGCAGCUGCUUCAUAAUAUAGUUUCAAGUUAGGCAUUUUUUUAACUUUAUUCUCGAUUUUUUACCCAUCCAAAUAAAAUUAUUAAUCCCUUUCUGCCACUCCUGCAAAUUUGCAUCCUUUUUAAGUACUGGUAUCAUUUGGAACAAAAAUAAAAACCUAGGCAGAAGGUUCAUUUUUAUUACUGCUAUUCUUCCCAACAAAGAUAAUUGUAACUUCUUCAAUUCUCCAUUUCCUUCUGUACUUUCUGCCACAGUACUUCAUAAUUAUUUUUAUAUAGUUUCACAUUUGAAGCUGUGUGACCAAACUUUUUGAGUUGCAGAUGGGGGACCACCGAGAGAUCUUGAUGGCUCCUCUUACUUGGACUGAGAGAUCUUGAUGACUCCUCUUACUUGGACUGCCUUGGCUCCGAAAAUGGAACCCACAGAUGUCCCAUAGCCUAAAUUAAUUUAUUCCAUUAGCCCUGGAAGAAAUGGAUCCGUUCAUAUCUCCAGAAACAAAAGAUGGAGAAAGAAAAAUAGACACAAUAGUUACUCCUAAUCCAGCUAAGAUAAG